AUGCAAAAGCCGUGUUGUGUGAUAAGAGACAUGCAGACAUUUAUAAGCAGUAGCACCACGUGCUGUUUUCUUGUGGUUUUGAUUGUUGUCGCAGAAGCGGUUGCAGAGGAAAGUAAAAUCUCUAGUGAAUUACUAAACUAUUUAAUGCUUAAUUACCGCAGGAAUAAUCCUCCUGCCGAUACCAAGGCUACUGAUAGACCUAAGAAAGCCCGAAGAUGUUGUCCUUACAAUUUUGACUCCAAUUUUUGUAGAGUAGUCGAUGACAGAUUACUAUGUGGAUAUAAUAGAAAUGUAGGCCAAUCUGAAAGUAAUAAUGAUGUCAAAAUUCUAUCUGACGGUUGUAGAAUGAAGGGUGAGAGAGUAGAGUGUGGGUAUAUAGAACCUCCAUUCACAAAUUCAAGAAGACCACCAGUUUGGGACACCGAAGAAGUGAAUAGCGAUCAAGAGCGAGAGUCAAACGAAAGUACAAGUGAUAGUCCUGUGAAUUUAAAUCCAGAUAAGUUAAAAGGUAAAAUAUAUCCCCAUAAAGGUGUCAGUACGGUCAUUCCUUCUCGCGUAACAAGUUCAUUAGAACUAAAAUUCUUAUUUGAACUUUGUGUAAUAUGGUUAAUGUGGUUUGGGGUGUUCCAAUCGCAGGACGGCAAACAGAUAUUGUUAAUAUGUGUCGCGGUGCAGUGGGUACAAGCUAAUCCACUUUUUCAAGGCCUAAGUUUUCAAAGAGGUUUUGAGAUUAAUUUCAAGCCAUGGCUAAAAGAACCGAUGGUGUUUAUAAAGGAGAAGUGGUCUCCAUUCGGCGUCUUUGGAAAAAAAAUUGCUGUGCAGAAGCGAAGUUUAGACGACAUUAUACCUCCAAAACCAAGACCCGCUGCACCUGUGUUCGAAAAUAUAGAGGAACAAGCUAUCGGAACGGCGCCUCUGAAUAUUGUACCAAAAGCUCCAGUAUAUACUAGUUUACCUAAAGUUCCACCUCCUCCAGUUCCCUUGCCAAAACCAAUGCCAAUUAUAGUAAAUGACUAUCCACCUCCAUCACCUACAGUUCCACCCAUAUCGACAAAUAUGGUAAUAAUGCAACCUACAAAAGCAACUAAUAGCGACCUGUCGUCAGUUAAGGGAAACACUCUUUAUACUGAUAUAUCAAGAGUGGAAUCAAUAGAAAAAUUUAUUCAGAGCUAUGAAAUUUUAUCAUCAGGGCCACCGAAGCCAGUUGUAGUUCCACCACCUCCUCUUAAACCGGAGCCUCUUCCACCACCACCACCUCUAUCAACUCCUCUUCCACCACCACCACCUCUAUCAACUCCUCUUCCACCAGAACCUCCAGUUGUAGUUACUCCUGUUCCUCCUCCCCUGGUAACAGAAAACCCUUCCACUGCUAUUGUACCCAAAGCUCCGAUUUCAGUCUUAAACGCUAACCCAGCUCCUGUUCCGUUACCAACAUCACCACCACAACCAUUACCACUACCACCACCGCCAUCACCGUCAUCACCACCAUCACUGCCACCACCGCCAGGUUUGGAAAUAUCUCCGGUUCCUAUGGCACCCGAGGUCCCCGUACCUAUUACACCUAAGGCUCCAUUUCCUAUUGCACCUGAAGUCCCGACUCCUGUUUUACCUAAAGAACCAAUUCCGGUAAAAGAAGAAAAUAAAGAAAAGCCUCCUCCAGCUCCUCCAGCUCCUGAAGAGGUUCCAAAAACAGAUGUUGUACUGAAAAACAAUACAUUUGUGAAAGGGUCAAAGAUAGCAUUGCAGUUCGGUUCCGUAUUUCUAACACUAAUGGCUCAAUUUUUUGACAGAGCACGUGCUACUAUCGAUCUCAUAACUAAUCCACCCCCAAAAUUCAUUGUAUAA